AUGUCCGACGCAGAUGAAAACGAUCUCUUCAACAUCCAGGUCUCGGACUCCGAGGACGACAAGGUUGAGAAAAAGUCCCGGCGCACCGGCCAAACUGAAGAUGAGUUUCAGGCCGUGAAAAACACUUACCGCGCCAAGGUGGAGAAUGGCAAUAUUCAGCAAACCAUCACCCUUCCAUUAGAACCUGGCGCCAACAAACAGCAUGUCCAAGAAGUUCUUCAUGCCGCAGAGGAGCUCUACUUCUUUCGCCGCUAUCAAGAGGUCGUUGACCUUGUAUCACGCGUCUUGACCCCGGAAGGCGACAAGGGGGGCCUGGAUGAGGAGACAAGACAGAUUCUUUCCAUGUAUCAGUCAAGAUGUAGACAAAAAAUGAAACAAAAUGAUUGA